CCAUUCUGCAUGUUGCCCACGCUCCCCCUUCGAGUAUCACAAGUUUCACAACUUCUGUUGUGCACAGUAGCUCCAGAAGUCCCCGACUGCAGAGGCCCGUUUGCGGGGCUCUCUGGCGGUGGGCGGGCCCAGGGAAAUGGGCCUUCCGCAGACCGGUGAGAGUUAGCUAGAACCAGCCAUGGCGCUCCCCUAUCCUCAACUUGUCUUGUUUGGGGAUUCCCUCUUCCAGAACACUGCCGACGUUUCAGACGGCUUUUCAUUCCAGGCUGCCCUACAAGCUCAGGUCAUCCGAAGGCUCGAUGUUGUCAACCGUGGAUUCUCGGGCUACAACACAUCCAAUGCCCUGAGUAUCUUGCCGCAGAUCUUUGCGCCGCCAGGCCCAGGCGUACCCAACAUCAAGUAUCUUUUCGUCCUGUUCGGUGCCAAUGACGCCUGCAUCCAGGUGCCCACAAACUUCCAGCAUGUGCCCCUCGAGAAGUACAAGGCGAACCUCAAGCGCAUCGUCCAGCAUCCAAACAUCGCGGCGCACAAUCCCAAGAUCUUCCUCAUCACGCCGCCGCCGCUGGAUGGAAUCCACGUGAAGGAAAUCGACGUGGCCAAAGGGCAUCCUGAGGCGUUACGGCAAACCAAAGUCAGCGCGGCGUACUCGGAAGCCGCCCGGCAGGUGGCAGCCGAGAACCCGGGUGUCACGCUGAUAGACUUGCACAAGGCUCUCAUGGACAGAGCCAUCGAAAUGACCCCGGACUUCGAUCCACACGGGCCAGCGCUCGGUGAUCCGGAAGGCGGUGUUCGUGGCUACCUUGAGCACCUCCUCCCCGACGGGCUGCACCUGAGCGCAGAAUCGUACCGCAUCCUUUACGACCUCGUGCAGCCUCACGUCGGUGCAGAGUGGGCAGCCACGCCGGAGCAGGACAAGGUUGGUUAUGUGAUGCCUGAAUGGCCUGACGCACCAUGGCUGGAGGAAGACGCCCACCUCAAGGGGAAGUCUCUGCGAUGAGUUCGGAAAGUGACGCGCACCCGGAAGGUGGGCACUGUGCACCCGCACUGGCACAGUACGACCUGCACGUGGUGUGCCUCCGGAAUCGUACCCAUGAAGAGGCUGAUUCUGUGGCAUAUGCGAAGUAACAGUUCCAUGUAGACAUAUUUGAUGGGGAAUUCAAACCACAAGCUCGCUGCCUAUAUGGAAAAUCUUGCCGCGCUGUCUUGAAUCUGGCAAGAAGCAC